AUGUGUAAAUGUGGUCGUUCAGAGAUGUUGAUCAAUGAUCACAACUCCUGCAUGGUACAGUUCAGAAUUGGUAAAUAUAAGAUGCAUGCACUCAAGAACUGGGAGCACGUAGUUCCAGACCUCAUAGUUUAUAAGUUUUCAAUGGAAUUGGAUCAAAGAUCAAGUGGUCCUCAUGUUCUCAUCUUCCCUUUGCCAUUGCAAAGUCAUGUCACUACAACGCUCAACUUUGCAGAGCUACUCUGCCUUGCCAACUUCCACAUUACCUUCCUCAAUUCCCACUUCGUUCAUAAUCGUCUUCUUCGUCACAUCGACAUUCAAUCCCACUUCGCUAUCCCAGAUUUCGUUUCGACAGCAUCACCGACGAGAAAUGGUGAUUUCUGCUCAAUUGGGCUUGGACUCUUGGCCUGUGUUGUGGCUGAUGGGAUCAUGAACUUUGCAACUGACAUUGCCAAAGAGAUUGGACUUAUGAGCAUCUCUUUCCGUACCAUAAGUGCUUCUUGCUACUGGUCUUAUUUUGGUAUCCCAAAACUCAUUGAAGCCAGUGAGCUUCCCUUCAAAGAAAGCGAAAUGGAUAUUCUGAUAACAUCUGUGCCAGGAAUGGAAGACAUUUUGCUGCGGCGGGACCUCCCAGGAUUUUGCCGCACCAGCAAUGUUGCUGCUGAUAAAACUCUGCAAUUUGUAAUAAGACAGAGCCAAGGCAAUGUCAGAGCCGACUCACUCAUAGUGAACACGUUUGAAGAACUGGAAGCACCAGCACUCUAUCAUAUACGUGAUCACAUUCCCAACACUUAUGCCAUUGGAUCACUCCACACCCACCUAAGCUCAAGGCUGGCAUCAAUCAAAGGAACAGCGCCAAUUGCAUCAAACAGUCUCUGGGAAGAAGACAGGAGCUGCAUGGCAUGGCUUGACGCCCAGCCCCCAAAAUCAGUUCUCCAUGUAAGCUUUGGAAGCAUAACAGUCAUGACAAGGGAUGAACUUAUGGAGAUUUGGUAUGGUUUGGUGUGGUUUUUGUGGGUUAUGAGGCCUGACUCGGUGGUGGGGGACGGCGGUGAGGGUCAGGCUCCGGAGGAGCUGUUGGCUGGUACGAGGGAGAGAGGGUACAUGGUGGGUUGGGCACCACCAGAGGAGGUCUUGAAGCACCAGGCCAUUGGUGGGUUCUGGACAGAGUGGCUUGUGAGUGAGGUGUGGAAGCUGGGAUUUGACAUGAAAGAUAGGUGUGACAGAGUGAUCCUUGAGAAAAUGAUUAGGGAUUUGAUGGGGGAGAGGAAGGUUGAGUUUAUGAAAUCAGCAACAGAGAUGGCAGAUUGGCAAGAGCAAGUGUGA